GAGAAAAUGAUGCAUUACCAAGUGGAGCCUGCAACUGCAUGGAGCUACUACAUGAGGGUUAGGAGCAUGGAAGAAGAUCAAAUGGAGAGGGUUGUGAGGUUGGCUUCUCAGAGUGCUGUGGUGAUAUUCAGUGUUAGUAGCUGUUGCAUGUGCCAUGCAAUGAAGAGGCUUUUCUGUGGCAUGGGUGUUAACCCAACAGUGCAUGAGUUGGAUCAAGAUCCUAAAGGGAAAGACAUGGAGAGAGCAUUGAUGAGGUUGCUUGGAAUCAACUCUUCUGCUGUUCCUGUGGUUUUCAUUGGAGGAAAGCUUGUUGGCUCCAUGGACAGGGUUUUGGCCUUCCACAUCAAUGGCACACUUGUUCCACUUCUCAAAGAAGCUGGUGCUUUGUGGCUUUGA